AUGAUUGCCGAAAAGAUCGGCGAUCGCCGAGCUUUGGCGAAACCCGAAGGACCGAGGGUGGGAGCACCGAUCGGUACCGACGUCGAGAAGAAACGCGGAGGAACUGCGAAACUCCCCUGGCCUUUCUCCAGUCGGGCAGCUUCGAGCAAUUUGGUGCAACUCGAUCGGAUAUUCGAGUACUUCUGCAGGAGAGUACAGAAGAGGAUUUCCGUCGUCGCCACGGCAGUUCUACUAUUUUUCGCGGCUUCGUUGGUGUACAUGGAAGCAAGCCAUCGAGCAACUCUCUCCCUGUCAGGAAUGGGCCGCUCCUUAAUCUGCAUCGCGGCGGGAACUUCUCUAUUCCUUAAUUACACCGAAAUGUUCGGGUACUCGUCCCUAAGGAACACUCCACGUUUCCUUGUAGUACUCGCUUCUUGUUUUGCCCUCUUGGCCCUGCCUGUGGGUGCCUUGCACGAAGGAUCGGUACGACGCUCGAUCGUUCAGGAAGCCAUGCCGCGACAGAGCCAAAAACUGAUUUUGACGCCCGCACAUGGAGUAUGGGAGGUCUGUCUGACGACGCUGAUCUGUCUGGCGAUGACGCCCCACCAGAAGAGCUCAAUGCUGCCCCUCACGGUUGGCCUGUCAAUUCUCCAUACAGCCGUGGUUUCAAUACAGGGAUUCGGCAACGCAUCAUCAUUGGUUCUCGCGAACAUGUUGAUUUUUUUCUUCUUCAAUUUUGCGGGAUCCUUGAUCCACAAAUUCAGGAUGAGGGCAAUACGGAAAGCCUUCCUCAGUGCGAAGAACAGCGUCCAUUGCAAGAGAGACCUGGACACCGAGAAUAAGAAAUUGGACCGCCUGCUGCUUUCGGUCCUUCCGGAAUCUCUCGCCGCUAGAAUAAAGAAGGACGCCAUCCGGCCCUACCAGAUUAAUACAAAAUUUAACGUCUACCUGGAAAAGCAUGAAAACGUUUCGAUUCUAUUCGCGGACAUUGUGGGCUUCACCAAUCUGUCGUCUCAAAUAACGGCUGAGAGACUAGUCAAUCUGCUGAACGAGCUUUUCGGAAAUAUGGACAAGCUCGCGCAUAAGAAUGACUGCUACCGCAUAAAGAUCUUGGGAGAUUGUUACGUCUGCGUCGCCGGCCUCCCUAAUCCAGUCCAUGAUCACGCUUACCGCGCCUGCAGACAAGGAUUAGACAUCGUUGCCGUCGUGCAGGAGGUGCAAAACCGCGUGGAGCUCCCCAGCAAAGUGGAUAUGCGAGUGGGCAUCCAUUCGGGAACUGUUUUCUCGGGCGUCGUCGGUUUGAGGAAAUGGCAGUACGAAGUUUUCUCGACUGAUGUCACCAUUGCCAACAACAUGGAGUCCGCUGGUUUGCCCGGGCGGGUUCAUAUCAGUCCGGCUACGAAUCGAUUGCUGAAUGGCGCUCUGAAGGUCGAACCUGGUCAGACGAACGAGUACCUGGAAGCAUUCGGCAUCACAGGUCACUUGGUGGUUCCCCUUCCAGUGAAGGUCGAAGAGAUCCUUCCGAUAAAGAAGAAAGUUACCUUGAAGGAGCCCUACGGAAGCUCAAUCGAGAAAACCUCGGAACCGCCGAAAAAAGCCUCUGUGGAAGACAAUCUCGUUGUCAUGUCCAAAUACUUGAAGGGGGUUAUCGAUCAGAGAUGGACAGACGGGAACACUCGCGAUAUACUCAACCCCGUGACCCUAACGUACCAGAAGAAAAACCUGGAGAAAAAAUUCUCCUGGUUGCGGGACCCAAGCUUCGUAUCGAGCAUUGCUGCUUUAUUGCUGCUAGGCUCUCUCCUCACUUUAACUCAAAACAUCACGCUUUCCACGACGAUCAUGUUGCCACUCUGUCUUCUGGCACUGAUCCUUUGGGUCGCAUUCAUCGUGGCUCUGGUUUUUUUAGGAAGGGCGAAUCUCAUCAUCAAAUUGCCGCGGCUGUCUAUCAUAAGAGUCCCCGUCUGCGUGACCUCAAUUUUAGCUCUAUCGUAUAUGAUCAUGAUGAAUAUAGUAAGCAACAUCAUCCGGAACCUCCAUAAAUCCUGUUUUACGAUUUUCACGACUAAUUUACCCUUGAGCGAAUGCUCGAAUCCGCUAUACAUCAUCCUGUUGGCGAUGGCUUGCCUCUCGCUUGGAAUGCUUUUCGACACUAUCCCGUCCAUCAUCAAAUUGCACGUCGCCACACUUUCAAGCAUUGGCUUCUACUUGAUCGCAACAGUGACUCAUGCAGAGAACUUCAUGUGUUUCGACCAACGCCAUGGCGAAGGAAUUCCUCUGCAAAUGAUUGCGACAGCGGUGGUAACCGGAAUGUGGCUUCUGAUCGUCGGGCGGUCUUACGAGGUGGAGAAGUCCAUAAGAACCGAUUUCUACAUGGCGAACCGGGCCUUUGGCGAACAGAAGGAGGCCCGUGAGCUCAAAGAAGGCAACCGUCGGAUGCUGUACAACCUUCUCCCUGUCCAUGUCGUCAGAUACUACGUGCUGCGUCCCGAGAAGAAAUACACGGACAUGUACUACGAGUCCUACGAACGAGUUGGAGUCAUGUUCGUCAAAAUUUCGAAUUUUGAGGAAGCUUUCGUGAAGAUGCAGCGCGAGAAGAAGGGUCUCGACUCGCUCAAGGUUCUGAACGAGAUCAUAUCAGCGUUUGAUGAACUCCUCGAUUUGAAAACCUAUCAUACCAUCGAAAAGAUAAAAAUAAUAGGCUCUACGUACAUGUGCGCUGUAGGCCUCCUGGAUGCCAGAAGUAAGCCGAAGGAUAGCGACCUGACCCUACUCGCCGAUCUGUACUUUGCCAUGUCCGCUCGCCUGGCGACUUUCGAAAGCGCCGCUCGUCAUUCUCUGGACUUGGUCGGCGGCAUUAGUGCUGGCCGCGUGGUGGCAGGCGUUAUCGGCGCUGUCAAACCUCAUUUCGACAUCUGGGGUAACACAGUGAACGAGGCUUCCCGAAUGCAAUACAACAGCAAAUCAGGAUCCUGUCUCGUGACGAGCAUAGUUGCGGAGAUCAUUGCGGAGGACUACGAAAUGGACGGUCCCCACAUGAAGCAAAUCAAAGGGAAAGGGGAGAUGAGGACCUUCUUCCUGAUGAAGAGGAAGCUCCCUUUGGAACCUCGGCCCUUCAGAAAUAUCGCGUCGAAAACUGAAUCCACUACUGGGACGUCGAGAGGACGAAGCUCGAAGCGAAAGAAGGAUUAG